AUGAAGAUGAUGAACGCCGCCGAAAUUAACAACCCCGCCUCUCCUCCGUCUCUCAAAUCGAAAUUGAAGCGAUCGCUGUGCUUGUCGUGCUGCUUCCGCCGCCGCAACCGCCGCCACCUGAUUCUACAGUCUCCGCCGCCGUCGCCUCCCUCCGACGACAAUCCGGCGUUGAUUUGGGUCGGAACUGCUGGGCCCCACGACCACUCAUUAUCGGAAAUUAAGGAGAAGUGCCGCACGAUGCUGGGGCUCUCCGGCGUUAAGCACAAGAGGCACUCGUCGGUGGAGUUUAGAUACGAUCCGUUGAGUUACGCGCUGAACUUUGAAGAUGGAUUUGACUUUGACGAUGAGGCGCCGUUGAAGAAUUUCUCCGCCAGAUUGCCGCGGUCUCCGACGGUGCCCGCCGCCGUUACUUGA